UCGUGUAGUCGUUGUUGCUUGUCGAAGUGUUGUGUGGAAAGCUUUGGAUUGUGUCGCGCGUGGCGAUAUUACAAGAUAUAAGCUAAAUGUGUCUUAGAAAAAGAAUCGUGUUUAUAUUUGAUCACGUAGAUCUUCAAAAAUCCAAAUAACAAAUACGUCGAUUCGUAAACGUUCUUUAAAGCUGAUAAACAAAUUCUCGCGCUAUUUUCUUACGAAAUCGAACGAAUUAGUUUUAUCGGAUUUUUUUUUCAGUGAUGAAUCCCUUCGAAUGAAUCUUCGUCGAGCUAAAAUAUUUUAUGAUACGGUUGGUGUAUUUUUCUUUUUUUUUUCGUUUCUCUCUCUCUCUCUUUCUUUCUUUCUUUUUCUUUUUUCUACCACCCUCUUCCUCCUGAAGUGUAAAUAAUCUCGAGUAAGCGCGGGCAUUUUUGCCGCGCUCUACGAAUUCGGCCGUGCCUUUCUUUAGUUACACUCAUUGUUAUGGCAACCGUUUUAUUUACCGUAAACGCAGCGCGACCGAGCAACCGAGAAUAAACAAUCGUGUCGACCGCCUCCGCCGCCACCGCCACCACCACCACCACCACCACCACCACCACCUUCGCCGCCACCGCCGCCGCCGCAGCCGCCGCCGUCGUUGUCGUCGCUGCCACCGCCGUCAUCGUCCUCGUCGUUACCGUCAUCACUACUACCAUUACCAACUACAACCAUCAUCAUAUAUCGCGUAUAUGUAUGAUCGUACAGACCUGAAUGAGUGAUUCACAAUGUGUAGGAGCGUAAAAUUGAGCGGGAAGACGUUAGACCGUCUUCUUAGAAAAUGUACGUGCGAAUAGUCAGGUGAAUGUUGGAUACAGAGAGUAGACGCGGUACUGGGCUGGAUCAGGGACCAUCGAGGGACCCUUGGCUCGCUAUGGAUUACUACUUGGGCACCGAUAGUCUUUCACUUCAGGAAAUGCUCGACGUCGACAUCAAAUGCGAGAUUGAAGGGGUAAUCGGUGGCCACGCAGAUCUUGGCUUCAAUUUCGGUGAUUUGUCGCCGUUAGAAUUGGACGACAAUCCGGUUGGAUGUGACAACGAUCUCAGCGGAUGGUUCGGUUCCACCAGUUUGCUCAACGGCAACAGCAAUAGCUCUAACAGCAAUUUCAAUUUCGAUUUGAGUGGCGGCGAUGCUGCCUCCAUUAUGGUGAACCCCAAUUCGGUAAUGCCCCACAUGGCCAUCCACAGUCCUACACCAAAUAGUAACAGACGGCACUUUUCUUUCUCGCCAAAGAUAGACAUUAAAGAGGAGAAAAUAGACGUUGAGAACGAGGUAGAAAAUGACGAUGAUAACGAGAAUGACAACGAGAACGACAAUGAUAAUGAUAACGAAAACGAGAAUGAAAACGAAAACGAUCAUGAAAAUGAUAACGAGAAUGAUAACGAUAAUGAUAACGAUAAUGAUAAUGAUAAUGAUAAUGAUAAUGAUAAUGAUAAUGAUAAUGAUAAUGAAAAUUAUAACGAGAUCGAUACGGAAAUCGAACAGUAUGAAAAUGAUAUAACGGAAACUGAGGAGGACACCGAGGAUGAGCAGGAAUUAACGAGGACGAUUCCGAUUUUAAAAGCAAAGGCGUCUACUACGAUACCGGUAAAUACUGCCGUUAAAACGAUAUCACCUCAAAUAACGAAGGCUCAUUUGUCACCGAAAAUCAAUACGAUAUCUGGCAUAAGGGUACAAAAUUUUAAGGUCCUGCAGAGUCAACCGAAUCAACAACAACCGCAGCAUGUUAGGAAGCAGAUUUACAAUAACAACAUUCACGUCAGCACGACUUCAUCCCCAGCAAUCUCAACGAUUAAUAAAGAAUUUGAUUUGUCCGAUUACGAGGACAAGCUCUAUCCGAAGCCUGCGUAUUCUUACUCUUGCUUGAUCGCAAUGGCCUUGAAAAAUAGUCAAACGGGUUCCCUGCCGGUUUCAGAAAUUUACAACUUUAUGUGCGAACAUUUUCCAUAUUUUAAAACUGCACCAAAUGGUUGGAAGAACUCUGUGAGGCAUAAUCUUUCGUUGAAUAAAUGUUUCGAAAAAAUUGAGAAACCAGCUGGAAAUGGAAACCAAAGAAAAGGCUGUUUGUGGGCAAUAAAUCCAGCCAAGAUAGCGAAAAUGGAUGAAGAAGUCCAGAAAUGGUCAAGGAAGGAUCCAUUAGCAAUUAAGAAGGCGAUGAUAUAUCCGGAUCAUUUAGAAUUACUUGAAAGAGGAGAGAUGAAGUAUGCUGGCAGUGGUGACAUGUCGGAAGAAACAGAAAGUUCUGGCGAUGAGACUGCAGAAGAAAAUGCUGUCUAUGAUGAAUCUAUACAUAGUCAUAUCGCAGCUAAUUCGGUUACAGAUAGUUACGAUGAAAGUAGCCAGGAUUGCGACGUUGACAUAACGGAACAACUUUAUGAUGAAAUUGACAUAGAGGAUAAUAAAGAUGCUUUACACAUGCAAUUAAACAUUACUAAACAGGAGGCAAUUGAAUAUGAAUUAAGUCCUAGUACAAAAAAGCAGAAAACUCUAACGGGUGCGAUACAAGGAAAUUACGUAUAUCAACCAGUAACUACUUCUCGAAGAAAAGCGCCUUUACUAUUAAGGGCUGGAACCACAGCAGAAUCUUUUCUUAAAAUUGAAUAAAUUUAGAUAUUAUUUAACAUAUUGAAAAAGAUAAAUGUAUCUAUAAGUAUUAUAUACCCAUUUUUUAGAGGUUUCGAUAAAAACAUUUCAUGCGCAUAGAACAAAAUAAAGGAGAAAAAUUAAAAGUGCGUCAAAUUUUAUGCAGUAUGACGAUCUUAUGAGUUGAGUUUAAGAUGGAUUUCUAUAUCGUAUAUCAUAAUAUCCAUGAAAAAAGUUCAAAAGCUUUGGUAGAAUAAUUAAUUUAUAAUUAUUAUACGUCUUUUGAAUUCUUUUCAUUGUUAAUCGAUAUAAAUGAUCUUCGAUAUAGCACAUCAUUUUGCUCAUAAUAAUUAUUUAAUUUUUAAUAUAAUGUAAACUUUAUAAGAUUAUAAAAGUUAUAAUUUUUAUAUAUAUUACGAUAUGUGUGCAUGGAAAUACUUUUUUGUCAUGCCUCAAUUACCAAGUAAAAUUGUGAGUAGACGCAAUCGCAACAAACAACAUCAGUACUAUAUAGUGUACAUAUGAUGAUGAAAAGUAUAACAAGCAAAGUGGUAUAUAUCCCACUAUAUCAGUUUAACAUGUUAGCUUUUAUAUGAUCGAAAAUAUUGAGUUAUAGAUUUAAAACUUUAGUAAUUUAUGUAACAAACUUACUAGUAUAUAUGUCAUGCAUUUUAGAUUGUAUAGAUAGUAUGCGCUCAUGAAUUAGCGCUAUCAUAAAUAUCGUAUUUACUUUACACACUGCAUUAGUAACUAUAAUAAGAUAUAUAGUUACAUAUGAAGAUCUUCCAAAUUCAUUGAAUGAUUUCACAAACUUCCGUUUAAUAUUAUUGCGAAUAGUAUAUGUACCGAUCUUGUUUCUCUGUAAUCUCUAUACACAUAUAGUUCUAUCGUUCUAGCACCAUAGAAAAUUUCAAAAUGUCUUUUCUAAUUUUUGACGUAUCCUUCUUAUCGUAGUUCUUACUUUUUUUUUUCUUUUUUUUUUUUUGCAAAAAUAUAUGUAUUGCUUUGCAAUUUUAUAUGUCUGAUAAAAAAAGGUGUAUUGAGAAAACAAAUAAUAACAAACAACAUUACGUUUAUAUUAAAAAACUGUUAUAUUAUAUAUAACUGAACAUUAUGGUAAAAAAAAAUGAGUUUCGAAUGCGGUAAUUUAUAACGUUUUAUCUGUAUCAUCAGCAUUAUCAUUGUUUAUAUUUUGUAACUAUGACUAUAUUUGAAACGAAAAAAAAAAAAACGAAAAAAAAAUGUAACAUAGAUUAAUAAGUAUUUGGUCAUUGUAAUGUUGGCCAGACUGAUGUAUUAUACUUUUUAUACAUUUCUGAGAUAAAUAAUAAUUGUAAAUGUUUCUGCAAUUAUAUACCUGAAAAAACAUAAGAUUACGUAGUAUCACAUUUAGGUAGAGUACAAAGACGACAGCUAUGGAAUGGUCAGAAAGAAAAAUUUUUUUUAUAGAAUAAGCAGAUGGGAAUUGUAUACCUGAUUUGUUUUUAAGUAUAACAGUAAUCGUAUUCUUAGUUUUUAUUUAAUUGUAGAAAAAUGUUCCUUUCUCAACUUAGAACAAUAUUCAAUUGACAACUUGAUUAUUCGUAUAAAAAGUAUAUAAAUUGAGAUUUCAUAGCUUUUCAGAAUAUUAUUGAAAUUUUUAUAUUGACAAUAGAUAUGGCAUAUCAGUAAUUGAUUUUAAUAUUGUAUAUACAUCUUGCAAGUAAUAAUGCUAGGUUGUAUAACAAAACUAUCCUUUUUUUUCUUUUUUUUUUUUUCUUUUUUUUUUUCUUUUUUUUUUUUUAUUUUAUUUUAUUUUUUUUUUCUUUUUUUUUUAUUUUUUUUUUAUUUUUUUAAUUAAUAAUAUGACAAAGCUCACGUUUAUGAGUUUUCCUUAAAAAUAUUAUAAUACAACGUACCCAAUAUUUUGAUUUAUUGACAUUAUUUUAUUGAUAUUUUUGCAGUAAUGUACAAAUGUAGGAUCAAUUAAUACAAACAUUGUAAAGUAUCUAAUCGAUAGAAUUCUUUUAAUUUAUUAGAGAAAAAUUCUAUCCUUUCGGAUGUGAUUUCUAAUUGUCCUAUAUAUUUGCAUUAUUUAUGCUACGGUAAAUACUUGAUUUGAAAAAAUACAUACAAAAUGAAGAAAAUAUAACUAAUAUUUAACAAAAAUUAUUUCCUGAUAUUCGUAAAAAGAAAAUAUGCACACUUUGUCUCCAAGUUAUUACAAUUCUUAUUCAUGGUAUCUUCUAAGGAUAUAGAACUUAAUUAAAAAGUAAUAUUAUAUUCAAAAUAAAUUGUAUAUAAUAAGAGCUAUCUCUAAAUUUAUAUAACAAUAGAUGAAAUACUGAUAUACUUGUAUUACAACAUUUUUAGGAAAAUCAAACGUGGUAUUAUAAAUCUAUCAUGUACUAAUACAAUAGAAAGCUUGCUUUAAGAUGUAUAAAGUAUGUUUUAUGAUUAAGAAAUGGGACCAAUCUUUCAAGUUUGAUUUUAUCACACAAAGAUGUUCUUUUUUGUUUCUCAUAAGACAGACUUAGUUGACUCAAAGAUACAUUUUGUAUAGAAAGUAUUUGUAUUACUGUAAAUACUUCUUUUUUUUCUAAUAAACAUUAAUAGAUUUUUAAUCGUA